AUGUGUACCGGUGCAAGCUUGAGGCAGCGGUGCGGUGCGCCAGCACGCGCGGACUCUGCAGUGGCAGACCGCAGGUGGGUGCAGCAUCAGCUGGAAGAGAAUCUGAAGGCCAUUCAGACCACUCUGGAUCGACACCAUGAGGCAAUAGCUCAGCUCAUCAGGCAGAGCCCGCCUGCUCCGUCUGAGUUUCCCACAACGCUUGCAGCGCCUGCAGCCUCGGCGCUGCUUCCACCUGUGGGGCCAGUGGCACCACUUGCCAGACCUUCACAGAGCGGCCUCGGCUCCGACAGCCGAUCUUCUCCAUCUUCUCCUGUAUUCCGUGUGGCUCCUGCGAUAUUAGAGGGUUCGCCUGGUAGCGAAUUUUCAGAUGCGCCAGGACAAAACGGGAUGAACACCGGAACUCGAGACUUGGAGGAGGAGCAGCUUGAGAAAGCUCAUUUGCAGCAGCUGAAGAAAGCCAAGAAGCAGGCUUACAAGCAGAAGGUUGGGAGGAGAGAAAAGUCCUCCGACAACAACGACGGCGAGGGAGUACCCAUCGUCGACGACAUUGUGAAGCCAGUACAGGACAUGCCACAUUUGAAGAGCAGUCGAUUGAAGAAGAUCCAUGGUGCCCUCAAGAAGGUAGACAUUAUGGAGGGUAUGACCGAAAAGGCGAGGAUGAUGACAUUCUUCUCGUUCAUCGAGAACGGCCCGCUGGAUAUGAUCAUGGGCACCAUUGUCAUCUCGAAUGCUGCUGUCAUGUUUGUCCAGUCUCAGUGGCUUGGUGCCCUGGCCUCUGACGCCCUUGGUCUCACCACUGGUGCGGCAGCGGCUUGGGGGGAAAACACAGGGAGCACCUUUGAGACGAUCGAGACUGUGUAUAUCGUGAUUUACAUGAUCGAGCUUGUAAUACGCAUCCUGGUCCUGCGUAGUGCUUGGGCCUGGUCAGCAGAAGGUGGCAUACAGUAUGCAAACUUGAUGGACGCGGUUAUAACCACCAUCAGUGCGGUAUCCACGUUCCUUCUAUCACAAAGUGACAUGAACCUCUCCGUGGCUAGAGCCAUACGCCUCCUACGACUAACACGAACCCUACGGGUGAUGAGAGUAAUGAUUCUCUUUCGACCGUUGCGGGUGCUGGCUUCGACGUUCUUGGCAAGCAUCGGUGCCCUUUUCUGGUCCAUGAUUCUGCUGAUGAUCCUGAAGUUCAUAGGCGGCCUUCUGCUCGCGCAGUCCUUGCACAGCUUCAUUUUGGACGAGCAAGAGGAGAUGACCGACCGGGUGUGGAUGUUCGAUUACUACGGAAGCGCCUGGAAAGCAGUCUACUCCAUGUUUGAACUGACACACAGCGGUGGAUGGCCGAACUAUGCUAGGCCUGUCGUCGAAAAGGUGAGUAUCUGGUAUGCUUGGUUCUUUAUGUCAUAUGUGACGCUCGUUAUCUUCGCGAUCAUUAGAAUCAUCACUGCAAUUUUCCUCAAGGAAACUCUUGCAACAGCGGCUGGAGAUGCUGCCCUUGCUGUACAGGAGAAAGUUCGGUCGAAGGAAAAGUACGUGAGCAGUUUGGAGGAUAUCUUCCUUGAAGCAGACGAUGAUGGCAACGGAGUCAUCACCCGUGCAGAGAUGGAUGCAGCAGUGAGCAAUCCAGUUGUCUUGCACUACCUCAGCAUCCUUGAGAUCGAGGUCCACGAAGUGGAACCUUUGUUCGAUCUUUUGGACGACGGGGACGGGCAAGUGACCAUAAAGGAGUUUUGUCAGGGAAUCAUGCGCUUGAAGGGUCAAGCGCGAUCUCUGGAUGUCAUCUCGAUCAUGCAUGAUGCCAACAUCAUCAUGACGCAGUGCCGCGAAGUCAAGCGCAGCCUGUCGCACAUCGAAGAAGUCCUGGGGGUCAGCAGCGGUGUCAACGAUUCUCGACGGGACAAGCUCCGAUCGCUG